AUGAGACGACGUCGUCUCAGUAAAAACCCUAUAAAAAAAAAUACGCGCUCUACUCUUCUUCCUCGCGCAGCAGGGCCGCUUCUUUGUCUUCCUCGCGCAGCAGGGUCUCACAGACGACUACGCUUCUUCAUUUUCCUCAGACUUCGCGCAGCAGCGCCGUAUCGGAACCGUAUCCUUGGAGUAGCGGAGAAAUAUCGGACGGUCAAACUUUCAGAGCGGGACGCGUUUGUGUAG